GUGUUCAUCUUCGCAAUCCGUCCGAACCCAUCCUGAAGCUCCAGCAUAGGGCCGAUUAUUAUCACACGAGAUCUCGCCUAGACUAGUGUAGAGCAGAGCAAAACAGAGGAGCGGCAGCAACACUCCACCACCCAGCCAUGAUGAUGAUGAGCGAGGGCGUGAGUGUCCCGCCGUGGGGGAACCUCCCCGUGAGCGGCGGCGUCGACGGUGGGGGCGUAGGCGGCUGCGGCGGCGACGAGAUGUCGCCGCACAUUUUCGCGGCGCUGCGGCACUUCCUGCCGUGCAACGACGCCGCGGGGGGCUUCGGCGCCGACGACGAGGACGAGGCGGCGGCCAUGGCGGCCGCCGUGGACGCCUACGGCGGCGACGAGUUCCGCAUGUACGACUUCAAGGUCCGCCGGUGCGUGCGCGGGCGGAGCCACGACUGGACCGAGUGCCCCUUCGCGCACCCGGGGGAGAAGGCCCGCCGCCGCGACCCGCGCAAGUACCACUACUCCGGCACCGCCUGCCCGGACUUCCGCAAGGGCGGAUGCAAGCGCGGGGACGCCUGCGAGUACGCACACGGCGUGUUCGAGUGCUGGCUCCACCCGGCCCGCUACCGCACGCAGGCCUGCAAGGACGGCACGGCCUGCCGCCGCCGCGUCUGCUUCUUCGCCCACACCAGGGAGCAGCUGCGCGAGAUGCCGGCGCCGCAGCACUCCAGCCCCAGGAGCACGCCGCUGUCGCCGCUCGCGGAGUCCUACGACGGCUCACCGCUCCGUCGCCAGGUGUUCGAGAGCUACCUCAACAACAAGGGCAUCGUGUCCUCGUCGCCCACCAGCACCUACCUGUCGUCCCCGCCCAAGUCGCCCCCAUCGGAGUCCCCGCCAUUGUCUCCCGACGGGGCCGCCGCCAUCCGUCGCGGCUCUUGGCCUGGCGUCGGGUCGCCGGUCAAUGACGUCCUCGCCUCGUUCCGCCAGCUGCGCAUCGGCAAGGCCAAGUCGGCGCCCUCUGGCGGGUGGACAUACCCCGCCUCCGCCGCCGUCGCGUACGGGUCGCCGAGGGAUGCCGGGCUCUACAGCCUCCCCUCCAGCCCCAUGGCUACUCCAACUGCCAACUCCAGCUUUAUGGCCAACCUGGAGCCACUGAGCCUGUGCUUCAUGGACGACGACGAGCCUGUGCAGAGGGUGGAGUCGGGGAGGGCUCUCCGCGAGAAGGUGUUCGAGAGGCUGAGCCGAGACGGUACCCCGUCGGGCGGCGCCGCCGCCGGAGUUGGAGGCCCUGACGUCGGCUGGGUCUCCGACCUCAUCAACUGAGACAGCGCAGCAGCAAGUCGUACUUGGAGGCGUCCUUUUGUGAGUUGCAAGAUGACACGGAGAAGGUUGCGGUAAGAACCAAGAAGAAAAAGAUGGGCCAAAAAAAAUAUUCCUCGACCAAUUUUCUUUCGUUAAUCUCCAGUUUCUGCAAAUUCCUGUACAUAGCUAUGUCCCAUGUGAAUAUCCAUGGUUCGUCGAUGGGAGGCAAGAUGGAAGAAGGGGCGGAUUUGUUUUGGGGUGCUUGAGGUAGUAGGAAUUUACCCAAAAAAAAUUAUUACUAGAAAAGGGAGGGUUGGAAUGGAUUGGAAGGUGGUAGUGUCCUGUGUGCAUAGGGGGUGUGGUGAUGAAGCAUGGAAGCUGGUGGUGACGAUGAUGCGGCUGAAGGUGAAGACGAAGGCUUGUCUCCUGGCUUUAUGUUGAUUAUCGUAGCUGAAGAUCGAUUUCGACCCCCCUUUUGUUGAUUUUCACAUUUUGUUAAUGUAAUCCUUCUCAAGGAACCCCCCACUCACAGCAUAUUUUGUACUACCUUAGCUGCCUGCUUAGCGGCGUUAAUCUCUCUUCAUCCAAUGGAGAUGAAGUCCCCGGUGUAUUUGUAAUCUUUUGCUCUCGAGUAAAUUGUGUUUAUCUAUCCUCAUAAUAUUAAUACUAUGUUCAGUAAUUUCGUUA